CGCCUCCGUUACCUCGCGAAGCUUUGUCACGCUAUCUAAAAAAUCGCGAAAGUUACCUUCACUAACUACUGUUGGUUUCUUUUGUCAUACAUAGUCGUAGAAUUCAAAGAAGAUGACGUUUUAUAGGAAUGUAGUCUGGUUUGCCAAAGGUUUACGUGAAUAUACGAAGAACGGAUAUAUUGCAGCGGAGAAAUCGUUUGAUCCGAAAGCAUUAGAUGUUGAUGUUUCAUCGCGAACGUUCAUGAUAACUGGCGCAAAUAGUGGAAUUGGAAAAGACACAGCAGCAUUUUUAGCCAAAAAAGGAGCCACAGUACACAUGGUUUGCCGCAGCGAAACUAGAGGUGAAGAAGCCCGAAAAGAAAUCAGCGAAUCGUCGGGAAACGAUAAAGUAAUUUUGCACAUCCUUGAUAUGUCCAAGCCCAGAAUGGUGUGGGAAUUCGUGGAGAAGUUUUCAUCCGCCAAUGAAGCUCUUCACGUCCUUAUAAACAAUGCUGGUUGUAUGGUGAACACAAGAGAAGUCGAUGAAGAUGGUCUGGAAAAGAACUUUGCCACCAAUACUUUGGGAACGUACAUUUUGACAUCUGGUCUCAUGCCUUUACUCCUCAAAAACGAAGCUCCGAGAGUCAUUACGGUUUCGUCAGGGGGUAUGCUGGUUAUGAAACUUGAUAUAAAAGAUCUGCAGUUUGAAAAGAUGAACCCAUUUGAUGGAACCAUGGCAUAUGCACAAAACAAACGGCAGCAAGUGAUCAUGACUGAAAAAUGGGCAGAAAAACAUAAGGAAAUUUUGUUUUCUUCCAUGCAUCCAGGUUGGGCAGAUACUCCAGCAGUGCAGACAUCAAUGCCAGGUUUCCAUCGCAAAAUGAAGGACCGUCUGCGUACUUGUGCUCAGGGUGCUGACACAAUCAUUUGGCUGUCUGUUGCUGAUAUGUCAAAGGAGCCCCGCGGUGCCUUCUAUCAAGACAGAAAACCAGUUUCAACUCAUUUACCUCUGGCAUGGUCAAAGGCUUCUGAUGGUGACAAAAAUGAGCUGAUGACCAAACUGGAAGAUUUGGCUUCCAAGUUCAAGCCUGAUUCAUCAGCCAACUGACAAUUAUUAUUAUUAGGAAGAUAAGCAAGGGUGUAACCAUGUUGCCAUCUCAUUUGCUUACCACCAUUUUGCAAUGCCUUUAGUUGGAACAAGGAUGAAAGGUUGUUUCCUUUCUUUGAUUGAGAUUGUGGAAGUUGUUAUGUAGUCAAGAGUUAUUGAUCCAGAUGAACAUAUCUACAAAUAAUGGUAACAUCAAGAGACCAAUGAUUAUUGUAGGAUCUUGAAGUGUGAAUUUAGUGCAGUUAUUUAUCAUUAUAAAAAAAGUUAUCUUUUAAUGUUGAAGAGCCAGAGCAAAAAGCCAUGAUAUAUUGAUUUCAGCUUUAAAUAUAGAAAUUGGGCUGGUGUGAUUUACACUUCAAAAAAAAAUGAGAUAAAUUUAAAAGAUAUGAAACAAGUAUCAUAACAAUUUGAGAGUUCAAGAUUUUCAACCCAUUUUUCUUUACAUGGUAUUUGAUACCACAAAAAGGUGUAAUAUGUGUGAACUCUCAGUAUGAAAGGCUAAUCCUGGUGCAAAACCAAGGGGAGGGAGCAGGUACUCACAUAUGCAGGUCUCUAAUGAACAUUUUUUUGGUGUGAAGGGUAGCAUCUCCACUACUUUGGUCUUUGAUAGAGUACUUUGACCAACCACAGGAUUAACUAGUUUUUAAUUUCUCUAAGUUAGUGCCCAUGAUAACUGGAUGAUUGCUGUUUGAAUCUUGUUUUCCCUGUCUCCAGUAUUUGCUGCCCUUUGACUCCAGGAUUUAGAAAAUUUUGGAAACUGUUAGGCUCUCCCUGAUAUUAAUUGACCUCUCUAAAGCCAAUGCUAAUAAAAUGCAUCACAACCCAGACAACAAAUGAUUUACCUAUCAAUUAGAAAGAUUAUAUUUUAUUAGUCUUCAGCCCUGAUUUUUACCACUCAACACUGAAACAUUCCAAACAACUCUUUAUAAACACAAAGCCUUAUAUUUAGUUCCAAUGCUUUUAAUGGCAUUGAACGAUGGAUGUUUUUGUGAUUUAUACAUUACUGCUACUUGAAAUCUUAACACUAGAAAAUUCAUAGAACAUCUAUGAUUCCUGUGAUGGUUUGUUCUUAACUCUACCUUAUCAAGAAAUGAACUGAACUUAUUUAAUUUUCUAACUACACGAAAUAUGUUUCUUUCAAAACCUUGAGGCAAGGUUACAGUUUAAAUCAUUUUUCAACCUCUUAAAGGAAUAAUUUGUCAUUUUUUUAAA